GGUGCUUUCGUCCUGCUGCUGCUGGUUCAUAACGCAGGCAAAUGCGUUCCGUUUCUUCCUCGGCUCGUAGUCGUUUUUCGUGGCCCGAAUAGAUCGAAUGUCCUGUGGCCUCCCGUGGCAUCGGCAAGCAUACCGAGCAAAGGCAUUCGAAGGCAUGUGGAAAAGUGCAAAUAAUUCGUAAACAGCCACCUCCAAUUGUUCUGAUGCAAUUUAGUGCUUGUGCUUAGUAGGGGUUGAAGUUGUUGUAUCGAAGUGCGUCUUGGGGGGUAUUGUGUGGUGUUUAUUUGUGCGUCUAUCCCCAACAGCGUGUGUGCGUGUCGUGUAGCGUGUGUGAACGAGUGCGUGUAUAGUGCGGGAUAAAGCAUCUGCGUACGCGAGUGGCGAGAAUCCGGUUUGUUGUGAAGCUUUCUGUCUAGUCGGGGGAUUUUUUUUUAAUUUCAUCUCCUGCAUCUUCUGCAUCCUGUACGUGUCGAUGUAUCGCUGAUGUGAUUGAACCAGGCGGUGUUGUUUACAUGCAGAUAAGAGGGCAACUUUUACAUACCCUUUCAACAAAGUAACCACAGUGCAACAGGAAGAGAAGAACGGGAACACAACAUCCUAGCCAAUCAGUGCGACUGGUACAAUUGAAUUUUGAGGCCGGUUUUGUGCCGAAGACGGAGCAUUCCAACAGCGAAACACACUGCACUAUGGCUGAGGAAGCAAGCAGUGGAGCAGCGGCAGCGGCAGCUAAUGUUGCCGGACCAGCAGCCGGUAGCACAUCAGCAUCGGCCGCAAACAACAACGGUGUCGUCAAUACGAACCCGAACGCAGAAGUCAUCCGCGGUCAGCUUUUUGAGGUUGGUCCUCGGUAUGUCAAUCUGGCCUACAUUGGCGAAGGAGCCUACGGAAUGGUUGUUUCUGCGGUGGACACCGUCACCAAGACCAAAGUUGCCAUCAAAAAAAUAUCUCCCUUCGAGCAUCAGACCUACUGUCAGCGAACAUUGCGGGAAAUCAAAAUUCUUACCAGAUUCAAACAUGAAAAUAUUAUAGACAUAAGAGAUAUCCUCCGGGUGCCUAGUAUAGACCAGAUGAAAGAUGUAUAUAUUGUUCAGUGCUUAAUGGAGACUGAUCUAUACAAACUACUAAAAACACAGCGACUAAGUAAUGAUCAUAUCUGCUAUUUCCUGUAUCAAAUACUUCGUGGCCUGAAGUACAUCCACUCGGCAAAUGUGUUGCACAGGGAUCUAAAGCCCAGCAAUCUGCUGCUGAAUACGACUUGUGAUUUAAAGAUUUGUGAUUUCGGUCUUGCACGCGUAGCCGAUCCCGAGCACGAUCAUACGGGCUUCUUGACGGAAUACGUUGCCACCAGAUGGUACCGGGCACCGGAAAUCAUGCUCAACUCGAAGGGCUACACGAAAUCGAUUGACAUUUGGUCGGUCGGUUGCAUACUGGCGGAGAUGCUAAGCAAUCGGCCCAUCUUCCCCGGCAAACACUAUCUGGAUCAGCUGAACCACAUUCUUGGUGUGCUCGGUUCACCGUCCCAGGAGGAUCUGGAAUGCAUCAUCAACGAGAAGGCACGCAGCUACCUGCAGUCGCUGCCAUACAAACCGAAGGUCCCGUGGUCUCGUCUGUUCCCGAACGCGGAUGUAAAUGCGCUCGAUCUGCUCGGCAAGAUGCUAACGUUCAAUCCGCACAACCGCAUCUCGGUCGAGGAUGCCCUAGCCCAUCCUUACCUGGAGCAGUACUACGAUCCAUUGGACGAGCCCGUUGCCGAGGAACCGUUCCGUAUCGCGAUGGAACUGGAUGAUCUUCCUAAGGAAACGCUGAAACGAUUAAUCUUCGACGAAACGCUACGCUUCAACCACAACGACAACAACCUUCCGGACGGUAUGUAAGCGCGUGCAUAGCUUCAACGCGCGCGCGCCCCCUUCACAAAGGUGCCGAGCCAGCCAGAACCAACGGAUUGGUGGCCGCUGGACGAGGGGACACAUUCACCGCCAACCCAUCGGCUACGUCAGUGGCGAUAGCCUUAACGGCGGAAGUGUAAAGCAUCGUCAGAUCGUAUACGUACGCGGGAGGUUUGGUUUGUUUGUUUUUUCUUGUGUAUCUCCGGGAAAAGAAGCAAAAACACAAACCGCACACAACCCUUCACAAGCUUUGGCAUAAAAGAUGCAGAAACAGGAGCUAUUUAGAAGUACACAAAACAAGCGGUAAAGCCAAGAUUGCAGCUUCGUGUUAGUACGAAGCCAUUAACAUUAGUCCCCCGGAUCAGUUAUAUUUGGCCGAAGCCGCCAGAGCCGAACAUGAUCUCUGAUAGUUGCCAGUGGAAGCCGAUGGGGCAUUUUACCAGUUUUUGUUUCGCACUCGUUUUCUCCCUACAACCACCCCUGCACAAAAAGGAAAAGUGUCAAAACGGAUUCUGCGUGAGAGGGAAAGAAGAAACAAAGAAGAAGAAGCAGCAUCGUGUUGUAAUGCUUGUGAUAACAUGGAGAGAUAAUGCUGUGAGUUUUAGUUCGUUUGUUCGUUUCGCCCGUAGUACAACGGAUUUUGUGUGUGCAAAACUCGUUUUUUGUUUUAUUUGAAGCAUUUGAAUUUUCUUUCUUUCAAACUUCGUCCCGAUAAGCUAAUGAUCCUGUUAUCCUUCGGCACGCACGCACACACAUACAUAUACAGAUACGAAAAGAGUUUUCCUCUUUUUGAGCCAGAUUAGCGCAAAUGGUAUGUUAUUCGAGGAAACGAGAGAAACAAACAUGUAAGGCAAAACUAAAAAAAUGUGCAAAAACAACUAGUGAAUGUUUCUACUACGUGUGUAUGUGUACGUGUGUCGGUGUGAUUUUUUUUUCUUUUCUUACGCUAGCAAAAUAUACUGCAAUUCUGUGUGGUUUUUUUUUUAAAUGAUAUAAAAUACCUUCCCUUUUACUGUUAGUAAGCUAUAGAAGAAGUUCAGUUUUAGGAAAGUUCAGUUUUAAUAAUUGUGCCCAAAGUGUGUGUAAAGAAAGUAUCGCCGCCACCAACUGUACAGAUAUAUGUGUUAAGUAAUUAAGUAAUGUAGUGUGCAUAUCAUCAGUUAAAAAAGAAAAAACUCUGUUACGGUUGCAAAUAAGAAGCAUUAAUCAUCAACUUUCAAGAAGAAUGACUGGGCAAUCACGAAUACAAAUACGCUCAGUUAGGUAUAUGCUGAGUUAAUUAAAAUCCUUCAUCCUUGUCAGAUGGCUUUACGCUAUUAUUACGCUAGUGCAAUAUUUUCUCCGCACAAGGAACUGCAACAGUAUGCUAACAUGCAAACAAAAGCCAAACCAAUCCUCAAUUAUUGGUUCUCUGAAGUGAAUACUGGAAGCGAAAACCGAUACAGAAACCGGUUAAAAGUAUAUCCCAAAUAAUUGUGCUUUAAUUUUUGCUUGUCAGCUGUAUGUUUACACGUGGAAUAGUCAAACGAUCUCGGACGGGCAAUAUCAAGAACAUUUAAAGCAAGCUUUUGUUUUCCCCACACCCCUCGGUGCUACACAAUGCUCUAAAAGCGUGUGUGUCUUUAAAAAACCUUAACAUUUAGUACAAAUGAUGUUGUAAUUGACUAUUUUAAGUUGAUCACUUUAAACACGCCAACCACAACCGAAACCUGUGGUACAAAGGUACAGAAAUCCGCGUACAGGCUUCCUACGCUCUUUAAGCAAGGCGAAAUAAUGAACUUCUUUUGUCGGUUGAUUGAGAGUGUUAGCAGGGAUAGUGGGUAGGUGUUAAACUGUUCAAUUCACCUUUAUCCCUACACUCCCCCCUUUAUAACGAUACUUCCCAUCCAUGUGCUUCAUCAAUUAUUGAUGAAUGUACUGUGUUUGCACACUGUUGCGGUUCGCUGCUCAAUUAUUUUCAAUUAUUUAACACACAAACAACACACCCAGAGAUCGACCCACAAAAGCUACGGAAUGCUACACGAUUCAGUGACAUUUUACUGCGUUCGUAAAACAAAACAAACAAAAAAACAACAUAUACCGCUUAAACCACAUUGCAAAUUGCAAUCCACUACUGUGUGCUAUUUAAUGCGAGAUAAUUAAUCACAAUUUGUGUUAAAAUGGUAAAACAAAGCGAGAAAGCGAGAGAGAGAGAAAGAAAAAGAAGGGAAUUUCUUAUAACUAUAAUAUCACCAAAAGUAUGGGAAAAGUAGGCGUAGUGUGCUGGAAAGAUUUCACCAUGUCAAAUAUACCAAACAUAAAGUCUGAGUAUGAAAAUAUUAAACAAUGAAAGCAGAAUAAGAGGUCAGCAUUUAUCAAACACUUCUUCACAUCUUCUGGAUUGAGUUCGCAUUUUUUCCCAAAGAAAUAUUCUCACGAUUCUUAAGUAACUUCAGCACAUAAGCAAUGAGAUACAAACAGUGUCAUACAACGAUAUUUUACGAUAAAAUAUUUGAAAUAGUUCAGAAAACUCUUCUAGCUUCUCUAGUUUCUAGUAUCAGGAUACUGAAAAGUUAAGUUUGUUCCGGAUUUUCGUCGAUUCUUUUAUGUAACUUCACCAGAGGUCAGAUUUCCGAUUCAAGAGAGUUUUGUAUAGAAAGCAGACAAAACUGCACUUCAACUAGAAAAGAAUCCAGAAAUGGUUCUACCUUGAGUAAUUGAAUUCGAAAAUUCUUUAACGUACGAUUGAUCAUUAUCUAUCUAAGAAAAAAAACUACUAUAAUAUAUCGUAUGCCAUACUUAACGGCACAUGUUUCUUCAGAAAUUUUUCCCAAUUUAAAAAAAAAAUGACUCGCAGUUUACUGAUGAUGAUCGUAAUCUGCCUGUUAAAGAUCAUUCAUUGUACGAUAUGAAGUACAUAAGAAACGUUCAAUGCAAUUUAAACAGUUUUAACAGUGUCGGUAAACACACAAAGCUUGUAUUAAACAACAUAAUCGUGAUCUAGCUUUUUUCGCUUUUCUUCACUCACAUCACUCACGGAUUCUAUUCCAACAUUUUUUGAACAGCAAUACCCUCCUAAUACGUAGCUAACCACCUUUACACAGUCACGGGUACGAUUGGAAUAGGUAGGCAAAGCGUCACGCACUGGCCGAUAGUAGUGGGACAGAUUUAAGAAGACUUUUAGAUAGGAUGAAAUAAUGUAGCCGCGUUGCCGAUGUGUCGAGGCGUCUUGUGUCAACAUUCGAGAGCUAGUCGUAGAAGGGAACAAACAAACGCGCCGCUUGAAACUUGUAACACGUCGUUGGGAAUUAAAAGGGCAUGUUGUACUUAAUUUCUGUGGUUAAUAUCCAGCUAAGGGAAAGCAAGAGUAAGCGAAAGAGACACACAUAGGAUAGAUACAAACGAAGAAUGGAUUCCCUUUUCGUCCUUCAUAAUUUUUGCCACUUGUCCGGUGUGCAACAACAAUGGCGGCCAUGAGAGCUUUGCAUAACAGACGGGUAAAGGAUCGUUAUUGAUCGAGGUACCUCUUUGUAUGAAUGUAAAAAAACAAACUGUAAAAUGUUUUUCUUCCUGUUUGCAAAUAGUUGCUCGUAAGAAUUUGCGCAACUAUUUCCCUCGCCGUUUAUAUAGUUUAUGGAUAUGCACCCCACAACACCCACAAAAACCGGAAAUGUAAAGCACACACAAACACACACACAGACACAGGUGCACAGUGUACCACACAUACCGGCGCAGUGGUGGGAAAUUGUUUAUAUAAAGAUCGUUCUUUUCACUCACACUUUUAUCUGCGAGAUAGUUGUAAUUAAUGCUCUCGUUAUGCAAAUCUAAUUGUUACAUCAAUGUUCUUCCGUGUACAUGUGUGUAUAUGUAUGUAUGUAUGUGUUUUUUCGCAAGGAUAUCCAUAUCCGAUCCGAUUUACUUGUUCGGCAUAUAGGCCCGGGGGGAAAGGGGAAGGGGAUGGUAAUAUGUUUAUAUGUUUACCGGAUAUGUUGUGGCGUUCGCAUUAAAUGGUGAGAAUCACUAUAGAACGAUUAAUGUUUUCAAAAGAAGUACAAGUUUGAUGCAGCGAGAGAUAGCGAGAGAGAGAAAGAGAACUAUAAAGAUGGGAGAGAUAUUACAUUUAAAAAUAAUAUUACAUUAGUAAGAUAAAGAUUCUUUAGUAUAGUACAGCAGGAUUCAACUAACACAGAACCCCCUACAACAAAACAGAAGCGUGUUGUGUGUUAUUCUCUUCAGCGGUAAACCCACAAAUUAUUACCGUCUCGGUAGAGGAAUGCUUCUUCCUCCAAACAGAUAUGGAAACAUUUACAAAAUGGAUAACGAUGAUAAUGUGAUUAUGAUGCUGAUUAAGUGCACGCGAAACAAGCUUAAAUGUAUUGGGGGGGGGAAAACAAAAAACAAAAUUCAAAUCGAUCGAAAGUACGAAAACCUUAAACAAACGAAUUCACGAUCAUGCUCGAUCAAUCGAAAGUCGGGGCGGAAAACAACGUGCAGUCACAGCAAACGUGAAUCAAACACAGCAACAAAGCAAAAGAAAUGUGUAUCAAAACUUUCUUCUGGGUGUAAUUUUAAAAUCGUUUAAUCAAUAGUGCAACAAUCCCUUCUUCGAUUUAAAGUUAAACACAAAACCGCUGUCAACAUUAAAGGCGCAUGCAAAUAAAAAAUGUUCUUGAACGUUUGUUAAUAACUGCUGAGCGGAGGAGAAGAAGAUGAGAGGAAAGGCGGGGGGGGGGGGGGGGGGGGGGACGGUGUAAUAGGGACAAAACGCAAGCAAGUGUGGACAGAUUCAUACAAAAUACACUGUACAAGAUAAUGUUCUGAUAUCGGCACAACAUUAGAUAAAGAUUAGAGAGCCAGGGACAAUGUAAAGUAGUGACAAGCAGCGAUUACUGUGCCCCCGGGAUUCGUGUUCCCGAUAUGGUAGAAAUCGCGUAUAAAUAUAUACAUAGAUAUGUGUUGUGGCAGAAACGUAAACAAAUUAAAAAAGGGAAAAAACACAAGAUCAAAUGAAAGAAUGGUUUAAUGGUAGUUUAAACAGUUUUUAAUUUGUGCGUGUGUGUAUGUGAGAAAGAGAGAGAAAGAGAGAAAAAUACAUAAUAUAAAGAAAAACGUCAGUAUCAAGUUCAAAAAGAAGGGAAUCUGGAAUGUAUAGGAAAACACUCUUCCUUCCCCAAAGGGAGGAUCGUUGAUGUUUACGUUUAAGGCUCUGAACAAGGAAGCAGAAUGUAAGACUUUGGCGUUUAUUCUUGCACGUGUGAGGAGGAGUAUGGUGAUCAUUUGUCAUCCCAUAUUCUCCCACUACCCUCCCGCAUAUGUAUUGGUCCUUAUAAUGGUAUGUGUAUUGUUCGUGUAUGUAACGUACGUUUUAGCAUGAUGAGAUUUUACCGUGGUGGUUAACAUAACAAUAUACAUAACAACAUCCGACUACUUUUUCACUCUCUCUUUUUCUCUUGUGUAGCUAAACCAGAUUAGAGAACCGCGAGAUGGGGGGGAAUGUGUCAUUUAAUUAAUUGGUGAUUAAAAAAUUACAAAAAAAUACACACACACACAAACCGAGCUAAGAACAGAUUACAAAUCAACCAACAAAUUAUACAAAAACCCUAGCUAGACCUGUGAGACUAUAGUACACAUGUGUACUAUUAUGAACACUUUCAAUACCACUACCACUACUGCUAUUACUACUACUAUUAGCUACUACUUACUAUUACUACUACCAUCUUUUGGGGCUUCUUUGCGUGGUGGAAGCCGUGUCUCUAGGUGUAGAGAGAUGAUAACACAUACACACAUGGUCACACAGGUGUUUAAUGGCCGGGAAUAGAAGAGAUAGAAAAGAAGCAGUCAUUAAUUGCAUAGUAAUUAAACUGAAAUAUUAAUAUCCCGUUCCACUCCUGAUCCUCCUCGCCCGUCAGUACCUUUCCCUCUUCUCAUCCUUUCAAUUCCACGUGAUCUCUCUCUCUGGAGGACAGUACAGUUAUAUACAUUUGGAAAGGCAAACAAUCGAAAUCGAAUCUUUUCAAUUGGACAAGACACAUAAGAAUAAAGAUAUACUUCAAGAAGAAA